UUUAAAAAUGUUGAUAGAUUUUUAGCAAAACGGCUAACAGGAGGAACAUCGAUGGUUCCUUCUGUUAAAACGGCUAGAUACGAUAGUUUGCGAAUGAUUACUAAAAUUAAAUCAAAUGAGACGUCAUUACUUAAAUUGAUUUAUUUAAUACAUUUUAAUUUAUUUAAAGAUUUGUC